AGAGAGAGAGAGAGAGACAGAGAGAGAGACAGAGAGAGAGAGUAGACUAUCAUUCUAGAACAUUCUGAGUAAAGAUAAUGGCGUUUCUGAUCAUCAGCAGUUUGUUAAUCCUGGUCCAGCUCAGUGUCCGUGUUAAUACAGACGAGUCUAAUUUAGACUGUUUCCCAUCUAUCAUGGUGCCGAGGAACAUGGUGUGGAGAGCUCGUGUGAUGGACAUCCUGAUGAUCAACUGUACUGUAGUCAGUGAAGUACACUGCUGGAAGAACAUCGAAGUGUCAUGGUGCAGAAUUACUGAAAUAAAUGAAUGCAGACAUUUUCACUCCAAGCACACCAUAACAGGGUGGAAGAGCAUCACUGAGAGUAAAAGACUUUUAUUCCUGAUUUUCUGGAAAAUAUCCUUUCAGGAUGCCGGACUUUACAGAUGUGAGAUGAUUUCACCUACAUCCAGUAUGAGCCAUGCCAUCAAUGUCACUGUGACAGAUAUUCACACAGACUGUGAUGUUGUAAGCACUGAGACCAUUACAGCAGGUACGCCUGCUGUUACAGUUCCUGUGACGGAUAUAACACACACACACCUGAUUGGUGAGAAGUGGUUCUAUGUGAUCUGCUUCAGUGUGUUUGGAGUCGCUCUGUUCCUCGCUGUUCUACUCAUCAUGAGUCGAGGAUUAAAGAAGUUUCUGGAGGACGAGGUUACCAUGACAACCGUGACUUAUGAAGAGACAGAAAAGUCCAGUGUUCAGGAUUAACACAAAUCUACAACUCAUGCAGAGGGAUUCAGAGUGUUAGCAUUAGCAUGCUAGCGUCACUGUUCAGGAGGAAUCAGGACUUUGAUUAAACACACUUCCUGCUGUAUUUAGAACAUGGUGUGUUUUAUGGAGUUUUUACAGCGAGAUGUUUGAAUCUGUUUUGUGUUUAUUGUAAAAUUGUUUCAUCAAUAAAAUUAUAAUUAGAAUAAUGUGACUAAUGUGGCUAAUUUUCAGAUAAUCUCAUUUUAAAUG